UUAUUUUCGUUGAACACCGCUUGAUUUUCAUACGUAAACAAGAUAAAAAUGAAGAAUGAGAAACAUGUUUUAUGGUUUAUUUUAAUUUGCGGUUGGCUUUUAUGUUCAUUAAAAGCCUCCAAAAGCAAAAAGAAAGAAAUUAUGAAAUUAUUUGACUUUAUUGAAAAUGAAAAGAAUUCAAUUUCAAAACAAAAGGCUAGUUGCUCUCUCAACUCACCAAGCUUGAAGUCAGUAGCGCACCUAAGACUCCUGGAACCACAGAAUGAAAAUACUUUCCUUUGUUAUUUAAAGUUCUUGGAAAAUAAUCCUAAUGAUGGUUUCGUCUGGUCUGCUUUGGGCCAUCUUUAUUUACAAAAACCACAACCCCAGACCACACAAGCAAACUUUUGUUUUAAACAAGCUGUAAAACAAUCUACUAAAAAUAGUCUCUCUGUCAAUGAAUGGUAUUAUAUCGGUCCUUUUGUCAUUGGGAAAAUGGAACUGGACGGAGAUCCUUUGGCUGCCUAUGGUGGCAUCCGUAAUGUUUCAUUAUAUCGUUUGAAAAAAAAUAUUAAAUAUUUUUCUGAAAUUGUUCCUAAUGGGGAAGUCAAAUGGAAAGUUUAUCGACAUUUAGGAGAAUCCUUGAUCCGAAUUUCUCCUGAAUUAGAAUGGAAUGAUUUGGUUGGAUCUCUUGGUUCUAUGGGUAUCACUGAAUGGCAAGGUUGGAUUAUUGGUGAGUUUGCUAUCAACGAAAAAGAACAAACAGUUAUUAUUCAAUGCCAUGGACUUACUACUGCCUAUGUAGAUAAAAUUCCAAUUGUCGGAGAUGUCUAUCAUCGAGAUCAGCUUAUGUUCAGCAUUACCCUCACACGCGGAAUCCAUACACUUUAUGCAAAAUUACGUGCUAAAGUAAACGCAAAUUUUAAAUGUGUUUUCAAGACAGUUAGUACAAGUUUUGAUAUACUUUCUCCAACAAUGGUACCUGAUCUAGUCGAUGGUUAUUUGUUCAGUCAAUAUCUAAGUAUUCCUGUGAUUAAUUUCCUGGGCAACAAAUGGUUAAAGAAUAUUGGAGUUUCUCUCAAGAGUCAAUCUUACGGUCAGCCAAUUACUUUGGAAUUGGUUGAUAAACGGAAUAUAGCUCCUGGUCAAAUUCUUGGACUAAUCAUUUCCAUCACUUCUCCUCAUAAUCGUCUCACAAAUGGCUGUUAUUCAACAGGGAUCGAUUUGGUUCUGGAAAUUUCUACAUCAGAAGGUAGCAUGGAAUCUGCACCAAUAAAUCUUCGGUGUCGAAAACUUAAUCAGUCUUUUCUAUUUUCGUUCAUUGAUCAUGAUGGUUCUGUCCAACAAGGAGCUGCUAUCGCACCGAUUUCUAAAUGUGUCUCAAAGCUUUGCCCGGUCCUUCUCACUCUUCAUGGAACUUCUGUACCAGCACAAAACCAGGCAGACAGUUACAAAAGAAUGGUUGGAAAAGAUUUUGAAUUUGGAUUUGACACAAUCUGGCUUUUGGCACCAACAAGGCAUGGAGCACACAACUGGGAAGGGCCUGGUGCUCUGACUGCUAUGACAGCCCUUGAAAAACUGCGUAUCCUUGUCCAGUCAGCAGAUUGGAUAGAAAACAAAGUUGCAGCUGACCAUGUGAUUUUUUCAGGUCAUUCAAUGGGUGGUCAUGGAGCAUGGCACCUUGCUACUCACUUUCCUGACCGUGCCCUAGCUGUAGUCUCCCUCGCAGGAUGGAUCAAGAAAGAAGAAUACGGGGACAGUAAUCUGUUUUUCAGACAUGAUAUUUCAGCAAGCCACACAGAUCCAUCUGUCAAAGCAAUAAUGGAAGCUGCUAUUGCAGAAAAUGAUGCUGACAGACAUGUUUCAAAUCUUAAGGGAAUUCCAGUGUUAGCAAGAAUUGGAGAAAAUGAUAGAACUGUCCACCCCUAUUUCGUAAGGCGGAUGUUUCGAUUGAUUUCAGAACUGAAGACAGCCAUCAAUUAUACAGAACUCUCAGGCAAGGAGCAUUGGUGGUGGGAUACUUGGUCUGUCAAUGACGGAGGUGCUGUGCAUGACCAACAGUUGAGGUCAUUUGCACAGAAACACGGUGGCAUCUCAGAGUUCAGUAAAAGCUCAGGAAGCUGUAGUGUUGACAAAGAGCAUUGCUCUAGUGGUAAUCAGUAUUCAAUCACUGCUUCUCAACGUCCAGUCGAUGGCCAUCAUACUCUGGUGACACUUAACCCUGCUUUCGGAGAAUCUAUCCAUGGUAUUUGUGUCCUGCAACAAAUUACACCUUUCCGAACAACCACCAUAGAUAUCCAUCAAACUGGCGACUCUAUUCAACUGCAAACAUCAAAUGUUGCUAAAUUCCAGCUUGUAAAAAGUUCAAACCGAGCAAUAAACUGGACAUCGGUUAAUGUUGUUGUUGAUACUGACUUCACUGUUCCUCCAACCUCAGUGCACACUAUGAUGAACACACCUGAUAAAGAACACCUGUGCAGAUCUGAAGGUGAAUGGUCUAUAUGUACCGAAAACAAGGAAACUAGCCGAGACUAUCGUAACUAUGGGCCUGCAAGACGUGUAGCUGAAAAACCCUUCUUGAUAGUAACUGGUACUUUAGGUUCUGUAGUUACUAACCAAAUACUUCUACAACUUGCUGUAUAUAUUUCCAACCACUUCUGGCUUUCAUCAGAUACUUCAGCAGCCAUUGUUAAAGAUACUGAAGUACCGCUAGAAAAACUAAAGAAAAGAAACCUCAUAAUCAUAGGUGGCCCUAAAGAAAACAGCUUAACAUCUGAAUUUCUUAAAAAAAUACCUAUAAACAUUGAAGAUAAUAAAAUUAUUUUGGAGAAAUGCAGAUUCAAGUCUUUGCGAUCAGGAAUCUUGUCUUUGGUACCAAAUGGAGGAGACAACUUGGCGUUGUUAUUGAUGGGUCAGUCUUUUGAAGGAUUACUUGAUAUUGUUUCUCUGGCAACGCCUACUAUACCACCAAUGUGUAGGUCUCCCGUAAGUCUGUUGUUUUAUUCUUCAUCCCAAUAACAUUAUUGCAAAUACCUCUUUACUGUCUUUUUAUUUAUU